UAAUGCAGAGAAUCUGCAGUGAGGAAUUUUGUAGGUAGACUGGUGUGUAAUUUUUGUGACAACCAACGGAGUCUCUUUGAAUUUGACCUCUCUCAUGAAUAUUCACGGGACGUUCUUCCUUUAAUUUGUGAUAUAUAUGACAUCCGCAUUCGAUUGGGAAUUGCACGAGGUAUAAUGUCAUCGCAGCGGAAGGUCGUCAGGAAACACGCUACCCGUGCCCGACACGGAAGAGACGACCACGUUUGUAGCGGGAUCCCUCCACCUGCCCAGGCAGGUAGCUCCUUCAAGCCCUGCGGACAUAAUCUGGCGGGCUCUGCGGCCGCGUGUGGGCCGCCGGGUGACGGGAAGCCACUCGACCUCACCCAGCUCUCCUCCGAACAACGCUCCAAAUUGGAGAGUUUCCUGAAAUCCAGCGGUUUCGGACCCCUCCCGAAAGCUGGCCAAACCCUGGACGCUGCCACCAUGCGUAAACUCGCGCAGCAUAUGCGCGCCGCCGCCGCCAUGCCCAGCAAGACACCGUUGCGAAACUGGGGUGAUACGGAAAAGAACCCGAAAGACGGCCUUGUCCGUCAGGCGGUCACCAACAGCAAACGUGACGAUGUGAAAAAUCUCCUUGAGGAAGGCGGUGAUGUGGAUGAAGCCGAGCCGAAAACCCUGUGCACCCCUUUGAUGCUCGCUGUGCGAGAUGGAUCAAAGGAAAUCGUCCAACUCCUCCUGGAUUAUGAUGCCGAUGUUACCCGGCGUGAUAAGGAUGGGAAAACGGCGAUAAUGGAAGCCUGUGCGGCUGGACGGGAUGAUCUCGUGCAGUUGCUAAUCGAUCACGGCUCAUGUGUUGCCGAUACGGAUAACGGCAACUGGAAUUCCCUUACCCACGCCGCGGCCAACGGACACGUCCGCUGUGCCGAAGUCGUCAUGCGCCACCUCAAGUACGACAAGGAAACCCAGGAGCGCCUCAAGGAAGUCGUCAAGAAGGAGGACAAGCGGAAUAAGAAGACCAAGGAGAAGGGCAAACCCAACGAGUUGGAUGAUUACGAUGAAGCCGAAACGGCUGCCGAAUCUGCCCUUGCGAUCGCCGCCCAAAAAGGGCAAUAUGAGUUUGUGAAAUGGUACCUCGCCAAGAAAGAACAAUUUAAAGCCAGCGAAGCCGAAAUCCAGGCGGCCUGCAGCCGCGCCUGCUACUCCAAGCGUCUGGACCUGGUCCGACUCGUCGUGGAGGAUUACGGCGCCAAGGUGAAUCCGGAAGGACCGGUGAUUGAAACUCCCCUCUGCGCUGCCGCUGCCUGUGGUGAUGCCGAUAUCGUCAAGUAUCUAUUAACCCGCGGUGCCCGUGUUAACGAGUCGGAUGCCAGUGGAUUUACCCCUCUCAUGCGCGCCUGCAAUGAAGGCAACGGCAAUCUUGUCCCUGUCCUUCUCCAUCAUGAAGCUAACGUCAACGCCCAAAACGUCCAAGAGGACAACUCAACGCCCCUUUGCUAUGCCGUACGCAAAGGCAAUCUGGAGAUCGUGCGCACCCUGGUGUCUGCUCAGGCCAAUGUUAAUCUCGGUGGAACACCGCCCUUGUUACUAGCCAUCAGCAUGUGCAAUGCCGACGCGGUGGAAUACCUCCUGGCCAAUGGCGCCAAUCCUGUGCAAAAGUCCUCCCAUAAUGACACUGCCCUUGCCUUCGCCGCGGAAGUGGGGAAUUUUGACCUGGUUAAGCGGUUCCACGGAUUGGGCUGCGAUGUGGAUUGUGUGGGCGAAAAGGGUUAUACUCCCUUAAUGCGAGCCGCCAAGAAGGGAUCAUUAGAAAUCAUCGAAUAUUUAUUAGCAAACGGCGCAUCUAUUAAUCGCGCGUCUUCCACUAACGACUGCACCGCACUGUCACUGGCCUGUAAUAAAGGAUGGAUUAAAAUCAUUGAAUUCCUGUUGGAACGUGGCGCCAAUCGCCACAUCAAGCUGAAGGACAACGUCACGCCACUGCUGGAAGCCGUAAAAUCGGGAAACUCCGAAGCUGCUGAUUUGGUCUUGUAUUAUCAACCGAAAAACGAAAAUUUCCGUGAACCCAUGAAUGUCGCCGUGCAACAGCCAGGCGUCCGUGGAGCUCCGAAUAUGCCCGCACCGGUAAACGAAUUCUACAACAUCCAUAGUAAUAGUAACUAUGCAUGCAAGCACUGCGAUGGACUCCAUGGCGAGCAGAUGCUACGUGCAUCGGACGAGAGUACCGAUGAAGAGGACGAAGAUGACGAAGACGAUGUGGACGAAGAAGACGACGACGAUCAAGAGGGAGUCUAUAAUGAGGAAAUGGACGAAGAAUGCGAGACCGGGGAUGAAGACGACGAGGAAAUGCAUGACGAUGAGGAUGACUACACGUCAGAUGACCAGAGUAAUGACGAGGACAAGAAAGAAUUGGAGAAUUACGAAUUACCGGACAUUCUGCCCGGUGAUCUGGCCGAUUUGGUGGAUUUCCCGCAGGGUGAAUCGGAUGAACUCAAGGAAGGACUGGAUGCGGAUAUUGAUUUUAUCCGGAAUCAGCUGGAGCAUUUCCAGCCGCAGUCCUUCGAGUUCCGCAUACUGAAUGCCAUGCUGAAGAAAGCCGAACAACUGCAGAAAUCCCUGCCCAAUCACACACCGGAGGAACUGCGACGACGCUUCAGCGAGGAGAUCAGUCGCUGGCAAAAUGAGUUGCAGAGCAAUUCAAAUGUGGAUGAUCUGAUGGAGAAACUUGGUACUGAAUCGGCCGCUGGUCGAGAAGAAGAUUUGCCGAUCGCAUCCGAUGAGCCGACACUGGCGGAUAUUGCGUCGUUUCUGCAAGCCAAUCCAAGUUUACAGGACUAUUCAUCGCUGCUUCUGCAGCGUCAUGCUGACAUGUUCCCACCCGGUAGCCAUCCGCUGGUGGACAGUGAGGGAAAGGAAAUUAAGCGCGGCAUGUCGCUGAGCCCGGACGGGAAGUACAUCGUCAUGACCAGCAGCAACACCAACUUCACCGCCCCGCUGGGCACGGAGUUUGAACUGCUCCGUUCCAUUGCCGCGGCCGCCGAUGCUAAUCCCUCCAUUGGUGGUGGACUGGAUAAUUUGCCGGAAGAUUUGGCUAAAGUCAUGGCCGAAGCCCGAAAUAAAGGUGUCUUUAAUAUGGAAGCAUUUAGUACAUUUUUGCGCGGCGCACGAGAGGAUGAACGCUUUCUGGAAGCCACCCGCGUACCAUCCACAUUCAACUUCUCCACGACCACCCCGCCAGCAUCGCUCGUGGCCGCCGCACGUCCACUGGAGAAACUGCGUAACAAAUACGCAUCCAAGAAGACGUUAGAUGGACGAAUCCCUCGUACACCUGAACCCACACCGGACGAUACGUCCGAAGAGGGUUUCCAGGGAAGUGAUGAUGUUCCCCCCACGGAAGCCAAAACCGCUGCCUGCAAACAGCAAAUGCCCCGCAUCCUCAAGAAGGCCAUCCGCAAUACCCGCGAUGCCUCGACCAAUGUCACCUCUACGGUGCCUCCACCCAAGAAGCCGGCGCUGGUCGAUGUCGAUCUGCAGCAGGAAAGCGAUGCCAGCACCGCCCUCAUCCAGGCUGCUAUCCGCGGGAAUUCGAAGAUCAUCGCCAUGCUGUGUGAUGCCGGUUCCAAGCCUAAUCACAAGGAUAAAAAAGGAUGGACUGCUCUGGGCUACGCCGUGGAGCGCGGUCAUAAGGAGGCCGUGAAAGAGCUAUGCGACCACGGUGCGGAUGUGGACGGCGUUAUGGAUACGAAUCAAGCCAAACGGGAUUCCUCCUUGACCAUUGCCUGCUACAACGGUCGCGUGGAGAUUGUCCGCAUUCUCCUGGACCAUAAGGGCAAUAUUGAGCAUCGGAAUAGCAAUGAUUACACACCUUUAUGUGUCGCCUGCUUGAAUGGACAUCAUCGCGUCGCACAGUUGCUGAUUCAACGAGGAGCAGACAUCAAUGCCCGUGGCACCAAACUCGGUAUUGCCCCGCUGAUGCUGGCGGCGAUGAAUGGCCAUACGACCAUUGUCAAGCUCCUCAUCGAGAACAGUGCCGAUGUGAAUCAAUGCAUCGAGACUAACCGCAACACCGCCCUGACCCUCGCCUGCUUCCAAGGGAGAACAGAGUGUGUUAGGGUGCUCGUGGAGAAAGGCGCUAAUCUCGAAUGGCGAUCAAAGAAUGGGUUAAAUGCCCUGAUGGAGGCGGCCAACGGCGGCUUCUUCGAGAUCGGCAAAAUCCUGGUGGAAAACGGAGCGGAAGUCAACUGUGCUCCUGUGCCCAGCACGAAAGAUACCCCCUUAACCAUUGCCGCUGAGAAAGGCCAUGCCAAAUUCGUGCAACUUCUCAUUGAUAACGAUGCCGCCAUUAAUGUCCGUAAUAAGAAAGGCUGCAGUCCCCUAUGGUUAGCGUGCCAAAAUGGACAUCUGGAUUGUGUGCGCGCAUUAGUUGCCAGCGGUAAAGCCGAUGUGGAUGCCCGUGAUAAUCGUCAAAUGAGCUGCAUUUUGACGGCCUUUAAGCGCGGCCACGAGAACAUUGUGAAGAUUCUAGUCGAUCACAUCCGCUGCUACCCCUCGGAAGAGGAAAUGACGCGCUACUGCAAGGAUAUCAAAUUGACGGGAAACAAUAACUACCUGUCGGCAGUCUUCGAACGCUGCAAGAAAGCCAUCCUGGAUGCCAAGCAUAAGAAGGAAGCUGAAGCCGAUGCUAAGGCGCGCAGUCUACUGGAAGAGCUGGACUUACAGCAGAAAACCAAGGAAGGUCAGCGUGCUAAGAAGCGGGAUAAGAAAAAGCAGAAGAAAAAGACCGGCAAGAAUGACGAUGACGAUUCCUCCAUUACGGGCACAUCCAACGCACGUACCAACGAUUCUGAGCCGAAUUCCAAAUCCCCCAGCGCGGCGCACUCACGCAGUGGGAGCGUUAUGCGACCGGAAACACUUCCCCUCGUUCACAGUGCGGUGAAUGGGAAAGCUUUUGAAGAAGAGCCUGACGACGGCGACGAUGACGAUGCUAAGGCGAAGAAACGUAAGAAGAAGCGUGCCAAGAAAGCCAAAACCACCUCCGCCCCGGAUGCGGCCAACGCCAUCCCCGAGCCGUCUCCCAUUGCGCCCGCUCCGCGCAAGGCCAGCAUACCGGAAUUGGCUGUUGCAGCCUCCAACUUAAUCAAACAGAUCAACCUCCAGGACACUGAGAAGAACGUGAAAACGCUGCAGAAAGGGAAGGCCGUGAUUUCCGCGCCGGUCAAGGAGUCGACGAUGAUGAAGACUGAAACGGUUACCGGAAAGCGACCAGCAACGGCACCAGCCACGCAUGUACCGGAACCACCGGCGGAAUCGGAUGACGGUGGUGCUGAUGAAAACGAUGCCCGGGCUGGCGAUCGAGGAGUGGAUGUUAGCGCUGAUGAAUGGGUGCAACAGCGUUCCAAAUCACAGAAGGUUUCCGGGGCUUUCCAUGGACCCCAGACCGAAAAAUCGAGCUGCGACGCGCCCCGGCCAAUGCCACGAUCGCCCUGAAGCAGGAAGGAUGGAAGGAAGUGGUGGGCCGUUCCAAACGUUUCAAAGUGCCGACAUCCGCCAUUGCCCGCAUUAUCGGCAAAGGCGGCAACAACAUCAACGCCAUCCGGGCGUCCACCCAAGCGCACAUUGAAAUCGAGA